CUUACUGUAUCACAUACUCCGUACUCUCACAUACUGUGAACAGUAUGGCUCCUCCUCCCAUCCACAUCCUUGGACUCGGGAGCAUCGGGACCUUCAUCGCUCAUUCGCUACGCUCCUUGCCCGCACGUCCGCCCGUGACCUUGCUCCUACAUCGACCUGGCUUGCACGAUCAGUUCUUAGCCCGUGAGGGCAAACUCCGCGUCCAGAUUGGGGAGUCUGGCCCCUCAGCCGAACAGAAUGGGUUCGAGGUCGAGCUUCUGGGGAAGAGCCAAGACUCCGCCCACCAACAAUCCACCGACCCCAUAAAAUGCUUGGUCGUCACCGUCAAGGCUUCAUCGACCAUCGCCGCUCUACAAUCGAUCCAGCACCGGCUCAACCACCAGUCCACCGUCUGUCUCCUCCAGAAUGGCCUGGGACAGAUCGAGCAGCUGAACGACCAGCUCUUCCCCAACCCACACACCCGCCCCACUUACAUCUCCGGCAUCAUGCGUCUCGGUGUCUAUCUACGAUCGCCCUUUGACGCGGUGCUGGCGGGCAUGACCGGCUCCGUUACCGUGGGGACCGUCCCAGGCGGCAACAAUAACAACAACAACAACAACAACAACAGCACAUCCCCGUCCACCCGCUACCUACUAGAUCGACUAACCGAGUCGCCCAUCCUGCAAUGCACCGAAUCCCCCUGGGCGGACCUCCUCCAGGCCCAACUGCUCAAGCUGUCCGCCAACUGCGUGAUCAACCCGUUGACGGCGGUGCUGGACGUGCGCAACGGCGCCCUCCUCGACAACCUCGAGGUCCUGCCCCUGCAGCGCCAGCUCCUCCAGGAGGUCUCGCGGGUCUUCCAGCGGCUGCCCGCCCUGCGCGACCGCCCCGACGCGCAGCAGCAGUUCGCCUUCCCCUCGCUGGAGGCCUCACUGAUCAGUGUCAUUCAGCAGACGGCGAGCAACUCCAGCAGCAUGCGCGAGGAUCUGCGCAAGGGCCGCGCGACCGAGAUCGAGUUCAUCAACGGCUGGGUGGUGCAGCAGGGCGAGGCCUUGGGGGUGGAUUGCUCGGCCAACCGCAUGCUGCGGCAGCUCAUUCGGGCCAAGAGCAAUUCGGCCGGGACGGAGAAGUAGCGGAGGCUUGGCCGGAGUAUCGGUGUGCAGUGUAUCACCUUCGCGUGGGCAUUAUUUUCGAAGGUUUGUCCUGCAAAUGGCUGCGCGGAAGACAGGAUCUACGAUGUGCGGUGGAGCUAUUCUUAGGAGCAAGCUGGGCGGUGAGCCCUUGACGAAGCAAGUAAGCAGAGACCCUACAUGCAGAUGUUGUGCAUGAUCAUGCCAUGAAUGAACUGGCUGUAGGCAGGAUAUAACAGUUGUCAGCGGAGGUUGACCGGC